GCUCACUCUCCCUCCUCACUUUCUCUCUCCAGAACUCUCUAGGUUUUCAUUACCUCUCUCUCACUCAAUUUGAAAGUUGAAGUGAGUUGGCUCAGCUUUCAUCAUGGGAUCAAUCGCCGAUCCCGGCGAGUUGACUCAGCCGAGCUUCGACGAGUUCCAGAGACAAACCUCUCUCAUGACCAGCUGUACUCUUCUCUGGAAGGAACUCUCCGACCACUUCACUUCUCUAGAACAAGACCUCCAGAAGAAGUUCAAAGCCGUCAAAGCCAAGCUUGAAACCCUAGACACUGAAACCAAACACUCCCUCCUAGUCCUUGAGAAUCGCGAGACCACCAUCAACAAUUCCAUCGAAAUCGCCCUCGGAAAAGUCAAAGGAAACAAAGAAAUCGCCAUCAAUUCGCAGAACGACACCGUUCCGGAACCGAGGGUUUUGGAAAUUUGUGGUUGUUCGGAAGAAGGAAUUGGAUAUAAUGAGAACGAAAUGCCUGUGGCGCUUGGGGAUUGUGUGGAUCCGGCGAGGUUUGUGUUGGAGGCUAUCUCGGAGGUGUUUCCGGUGGAUAAGAGGGAGGUGAAGAUCAAGAGAGUGAAUGAUUUGGGGUGGGCUUGUGUGUUGUUGUUGGAGUCGUUGAUUCCGGUGAUGGUGGAUCCGAUACUGGGGAGUGAGAGGAUGUUGGUGACGCCGAGCGUGAAGGAAAGGGCUAAGGAGAUUGCUGAGACAUGGAAGAAGAGCUUGGAGGAAAUGGGAGGAUUGAGAAUGUGA